CUCCCUGGGGCGGGCGGGACCCUGGCGUCCCGCUCUGCGCCGGCAGCCCCCGGCCGCCACGCAAUGUCCGCCGGCUGGUUCCGGCGCCGCUUCCUACCUGGGGGUCCACUUCCAGAGCCGCAGCCAGUGGGGCCGCGCUCCAGCCCUGUCCCCUAUCACCGGCCCCGCUUCCUGCGCGGCUCAGGCUCCAGCCCCGGCGCCACCGACGCCUCGCGCCGCCCGGACUCCCGGCCCGUGCGCAGCCCGGCGCGGGGCCGCACGCUGCCCUGGAACGCAGGCUACGCCGAGAUUAUCAAUGCAGAGAAAUCUGAGUUCAAUGAGGAUCAGGCUGCUUGUGGAAAGCUGUGCAUCCGGCGGUGUGAGUUUGGGAUUGAAGAAGAUCAGGAGUGGCUGACGGUGUGCCCAGAGGAGUUCCUGACAGGUCAUUAUUGGGCACUCUUUGAUGGGCAUGGUGGACCUACAGCAGCCAUCUUGGCUGCCAACACCCUGCAUUCCUGCCUGCGCCGGCAGCUGGAAGCUGUGGUAGAAGGCAUGAUGGCCACUCAGCCCCCCAUGCAUCUCAGUGGUCGCUGUGUCUGCUCCAGUGACCCCCAGUUUGUGGAGGAAAAGGGCAUUCGGGCAGAAGACUUGGUGAUUGGGGCCCUGGAGAGCGCCUUCCAGGAAUGUGAUGAUGUGAUUGGGAGAGAGCUGGAGGCCUCAGGCCAGGUGGGUGGCUGUACAGCCCUGGUGGCAGUGUCCCUGCAGGGGAAGCUGUAUGUGGCCAAUGCUGGGGAUAGCAGAGCCAUCUUGGUGCGGAGAGAUGAGAUACGGGUGCUGAGUUCUGAGUUCACUCCAGAAACAGAGCGGCAGCGGAUCCAGCAGCUGGCCUUUAUCUACCCUGAGCUUCUGGCUGGUGAGUUCACCCGACUGGAGUUCCCUCGGCGGCUGAAGGGGGAUGAUGUAGGGCAGAAGGUUUUGUUCAGGGAUCAUCACAUGAAUGGCUGGAGCUACAAACAGGUGGAAAAGUCUGACCUCAAGUACCCACUGAUUCAUGGACAGGGUAGGCAGGCUCGGUUACUUGGAACACUGGCUGUCUCCCGAGGCCUCGGAGACCAUCAGCUUAGAGUCCUGGACACCAACAUCCAGCUCAAGCCCUUCCUGCUCUCCAUCCCACAGGUGACUGUGCUGGAUGUGGACCAGCUGGCACUGCAAGAGGAGGAUGUGGUUGUCAUGGCAACUGAUGGGCUCUGGGAUGUCCUAUCUAAUGAGCAGGUGGCACAGCUUGUGCGGAGCUUCCUCACUGGGAACCGAGAGGACCCAUACAGGUUCUCAGAGCUGGCUAAAAUGCUGAUACACAGCACACAGGGGAAGGAGGAUGGUGCCGCUGGAGAAGGGCAGGUGUCCUAUGAUGACGUCUCUGUGUUUGUGAUUCCUUUGCACAACCAGGGCCAAGGCAGUUGUGGCCACUGAGGAUUCAGAUACUUGCACAUUCUAUGACCUCUUCAGGACCAGUGCAGUCUGAGCAUACAUCCACUGUGGCCAAGAGCGGGCCCUGUCUGGCCUGUCCCCCGCCACAGCUCAGUGCUCUUGCUUUCUGCCUUAACUAUCUGUUUCAAAGAGAGCAGUGGGUGGAGAGCCUAGCCUACCAGGUCCCACUUUCUGCAAUGGUAACAUCUUCCUGGCAGAGAUCAUUUACAAAGUAUGGUAUCUGUUGGCUCCUCAGCAGCCUAAAGGAUUUAGGAUAAUAAGACAGAUGCCUUGGGGAGCAGGCAGCUAGCUCAUUUGGUUCUGACCCAUGAGUGUCAGGUUCAUCUAACCAUCUGCCCACACAAGGUGCCUUCUUGAGACCUCUGGGCAAUCCCACAUCUGCUGGAUCAACUAUCUUUUUUUUCCACUUUUUUCUCUUUAAGAUAGGGUCUAUUACGUAG